UAUUUUACUAUUUAUUUUUUGCCACAUCUUUUUUUCUUUUUACGUUUUCCUCAUGGCACUGCUUAUCCGAAACAAGCAAACCUACCUAUAAAAUACAUCCAAUUUUGUAUCCACCUCAAUAUAGACAAUUUUUUCAACCUUAAGGUUAUUUCCUGUAGCAAAGUUCGACCUUUAAAAUUUUUCAAGUUUUUAAAGGUUUACAUGUGAUUAUCAUGUUUUUUAAGCAAAAAUUUCAGACUCUAAAUAACAAAAGAAAUUAUUUUUUGAUUCUUCUUCCUUCAAUAGUUAUCCACGUUUUCACACGUUUUUAGUCUCCAUUUCCCUCAUUUUUCACAAAAAUUCGCAAAGACUAAAAAAUCUUCUUAUAAAAUAUUUAAAUUUAAAGGGUUUUUAAAUGUUAAUCCACAGCAAUAUUUUAAAAAGAUUCAAGUGUUUUUUGACAAUUUCUUUAAUUUAUUUAAUUAUUAUUUUACUAAAUAAUUUAACUUCUUCUAAUUCAAUUAAUUUUUCUUCUUCUAAAGGUAUGGAUAUUAAAGAAAAUUUAAAUUAUGGAAUAAUCAUCGAUGCUGGUUCAACAGGUUCAAGGCUUUUUCUCUAUGAAUGGAUUUCGAAAUCUGAUAAACAAUUGAUUGAUAUUAAAAUUGUUAAUGAUUUGGAAGGGAAACCUGUGGUGAAGAAAGUAACGCCUGGAUUGAGUUCUUUUGCUGAAAAGCCUGAUGCUGCCCCAGAUUAUUUAUUGCCAUUACUUCAAUAUGCUUCUGAACGUAUUCCAAUUCAUAAACGUCCAAAAACUCCUCUUUUUAUUUUUGCAACUGCUGGAAUGAGGCUAUUGCCUUUAGAAAAACAAAAUUCAAUUAUUUCAAGUUUGAGGAAAAAACUUCCAAAAAUUAUUGAAUUAAAAAUUAAUCCAGAAAAUAUUAAAGUUAUUACUGGAAAGUGGGAAGGUAUAUAUAGCUGGAUUGCUGUAAAUUAUAUGCUUGGACGGUUUAAUUCAACAACAACAAGUUCUUUAUCAAUGAAUACACAAGUUGGAAAUAAUAUUGAAAAUAAUUUUAAAAUAUUAGAGAGGCAAAAAACUGCAGGAAUGAUAGAUAUGGGGGGAGCAUCAACACAAAUAGCUUUUGAACUCCCUCUUAAUUUAAAUGAACAACAAAGUCAAGAAGAAGACGAAAAUAUUCAAAUAAUUCAAUUAAUUUCUUCAACAAAACAAUUUUUAUUUAAAAUUUUUGUAACAACAUUUCUUGGGUUUGGAGUAAAUGAAGGGGCUAAAAAAUAUGAAAAAUUAUUGUGGUCAAAAAUUAAUAAUGGAAGGAAUUUGUCUGAAAAGGAAAUUAUUUUGGAUGGGUGUUUACCUAAAGAUUUUUUGAAAUUAACUUCUAUUGAAGAUGAGGAGGAUGGACAACAAUUUAUUAGAAAAGGUGAUGGACAGUGGGAUAAUUGUGUUCAAGAUAUUGCUACUUUAAUUUUUGAUAAGCACAAAGAAUGCCCAAAAACUAAAAAAUGUUUUUUUGGCGGUGUAAAAAUCCCUAAAGGAGUUUCUUUAUCAGAUUUUGAAUUAUAUGGAUUUAGUGAAUAUUGGUUUAGUGUAGAUGAUGUUCUUUCUUUGGGUGGAAUUUAUGAUCAUGAUAUUUUUGAAGAAAAAGCUAAACAAUUUUGUAGGCAAACAUGGAGGGAAAUUAAGAAAAAAGUUCGUGCAAAACAAUAUCCAAAAGCAGAUCGUGACAGAAUUGAAACACAAUGUUUUAAAUCAGCAUGGAUCCAUGCAAUUUUACAUAAUGGGUUUUAUGUAGAAGAAAAAAGAAAUCAUUUUCAAAGUGCUUUCAAAAUUAAAGGACAAGAAGUACAAUGGGCUUUGGGGGCAAUGAUUUAUCAAAUGAGAGACUUUCCAGUUAAAGCCAGUGGAUCAAUGGAAUCAAGAUCAUCUAUUCAAUUAUCAAGUUACACUUGGAUUAUUCUUUAUUUAUUUUCUUUUAUUAUUGUUGUUGCUUUUAUUUGGAAAACUUAUCAAAUUAGGAAGAAACAAUUAAAUGGAAAUUACAGAUUAUAUCGUUAUAGAAGGCUAGACAGGCAAUUAACUCAAAAUAUGGCAUAA